GCGUUUCGCAGAAAGGAGGCGAUUGCAAACACGAGAGAAUCUGAAGAAUUGCCAUACAAGUUUUUGCCCGUGUGAUUCUGAAAUAAACAUUAGCUCAUCUUCCAUGAAGGGCAGCUCCGUUUGAACAACGUGUGUUACAAAACUAAAAAGCGUAGCACAUGCGCAUUCAUUACGUCCACACAUCGACAUCGCCAUAGCCAAGAUGAAGUCUUUGAACGGUCAAACGGAGCGCGAGCCAUCGCCGAGUGUUGAAACUUAUUGGGUGGUGGAUGUUUUCGGACAGAACGACAAAGUCAAGAGAAAAUCACGAAGACCACCGACCUUGAAUCCCGAGGAUUACACGACUUUCUUGCGUAAGGUGCUCUCUACGACGAACGCCAAUGGAGGCGUGGGUAGCGCUGUCGACAAAUUAUACGGCAAGGAUUCACAGAUGAGCGCCGAGAUUCGGUCAAAACUUUCACACAGUGUCACGGUAACAUCGGCCGGCGAUCGUGACGGCCGUCCCAACAACAAGUCGUGUCCCGACGUAUCGGAUAUCCUCAAAAAAUUGCGUCUGGACCUGUUCUUUUCGUUCGCUAGCUUCUGCAAAGAAUUCGCCGGUGAAACGUGCGAUGGCAUCGCCCUCUUAAUGGAUUUGCUGCGCACCAUUCAGAUGGCUCAAGUGGAAUUAAACGGAUCCAACAAGGAGUUGUCGAACGUGCGGGCCAACCGUCGAUCGUUGAUCCGUAACGCGUCGACGGACGAGUUAGAAGUGCUACUUUCGCUCUACCAGUUAUGUUUGGCCAACGGUCAUGUCCCGGGCAAGGACCACGGACUCUCCCGUCUCCUGGCUCACAAUGCAGGAUUUUACGGCUUGGCAUUGGCUCUAGUCAGUAAUCUGACCCGGACCCGAAGCCUCGCCUUACAGCUGAUGACGGCACUUUGCAAAAUGCCUGGCGGCCACUCGCGUGUGUCCGAGGCAUUGACCACGCUGCGCUUAAAUAUGGGAGAAUCGGUGCGACUCAAGCUCUUGAGCGGCAUUGUGAAUUCUACAGCCUCACGAGUGGAAUCGCUGAUCGCAUCCAACGAGGAUGGAAUGACGGGAGGAGGAGACGUUGCCUACAACACGGACACGGCCCUUCGUUUCCUGGUUGAAGCCAUGGCUUUCCUCAACUCAUUCGUCCAGUCCGCCCCCGAUUUGCGCAAUCAAGUUGUCAUACAGUGGGAGGUGGAGGAAGCUGCACUCAAUAUUCACGCUCUCGCUCAGGUUGCCGAUACGGUGAGAAGCCCGUUAGCCGCCCAACUAAGACAAGAAUUAUCAGCCUGGAGCGAAAACCAAAUCAAUAUUACGCUGCUCUUGGACCGGCUCACUAAUGUUACCAGUACCAACGAAGCCCUGCGAAAAGAUCUUCUAAGUUUACGUUCUCGAUUACUGGCCCUGGAAAGUGAAAAGAAAAGGUUUAGCGAGUUCGAAAACGAUAUGAAGAAACGCUGCGCUGAUUUGGAAACAGAGUUGACGACGUUACGCAUAAAUACCCCGGUAACAACCUUCUCAUCGAUCGGUAUUCAAGCGACCGAUUUACGGAUGGAGGAGAAAUUAACGAGUGAACGAUCACACUACGAUUGGUACAACAUAGCGGAUUGCCACAUGUCUUGCGACGACGAAGAUUACGACAUCGAUGACGUGAUUGAGGAAUUAAACAACAUCGUUAACAGCGCCGAAUCCGACAUGAACACAGAGAAGAACAGCAGCAAUUGUGGUAGCACGUCGAAGGAUUCAGGCUCCUUCACUGAGGAGCAUCUGGUACCCAAAUACUUACCACGUCCUCCUCCACGGCCGGAAUCCAAAAAAUCCUUGGCCGUUAGCCCCAAUGCUGUCCACUUAGACGAUUUAACGGGAGAAACUAGCGACUUUCCAUUGGCGACGGUCAUCAGCGUCACGCCAGAGAGCAUUCGAACCUCGUCAGACUCGGACGCAGAGGCGGGCCCGACCGAAAUCAGCCGAAAGAAAAUCACGCAGAACUUCUUCCGGCAAAGUAAAGCCGAUAAUGACGACGAGGGCGAUGAUGACAAACCGUUUAACAGUAGCGUCUGCGAAAGCGAUUGGAACAAGACGCAAAUACUUCGAAGAAACAUCCGAAAAUCAUUCGGAUCUGUCGAAGGAAGCAACAGCAGGGAACUAUCCAUGGAGGACAUGACCGAAGAAAAAAUCAAGCCUGACAUUCUACGCGCAAUUCCGACCCGACUUUUCCAUAAAUCCUGGGACGUAUUAGAAGCUCGUAGUCCUAUGUACACGGACGAUAUGGUUAUUCCUUCAUCUGCAAACACGAAUGAUGGAGGAACACAUCUGCCGACCACACGAAGGCGACACGCCAGCGUGGACAACAUCAACGCGUUACAGCGAGAGAGUCCUAUUUUCAUCCAUCCGAUGGUGCACCAUCCCAAUCUGAGAGAUCGGGCAGCCGAGGAAAUGAUGAUGUUUGAACAGCAUCAACAGCAACGUUUCCUAAUGGGUCACAGCCCACUCUCUCAGCACAUGUUUCGCCACCCGGAUCACUUCCGCGAUUCAACCAUGUCGCCCGUUGACCCAGCAGCUCACUUGGGUGACCUGCAAGUUGGCGACGUCUUCUCCUUUCCGGGACAGUAUUCAGGUCAUAGCGGACGUGGAACUUCACGCACUGACCUUGGCAGUAGAAAGAGCAAGCGACAUCAAGACAUUGACGGUUGCAACAGAAGUAAACCUGGGAGCCGUAAUUCAUUUGCCUUUGCUAAUCUCAUUCCUGGAUUUAUCAAAUCGUCUUUCGGGAGCUCGCGAGACUCGUCGUCAAAAUCCAGUCGAGAAGAGUGGGAAACUUUCCACACCGACAAGGCUCUCAUGAAAGAUUACAGGCAGCAUUUUCAACCACAUCAGCCGAUAUUGCCGUCGGUGUUACGACAUUCGAGCGAGUUGGACAUGAGCCCAGCUGAAUUCUGGCCUCCUUCGUUCCAGGCCAUGCCGUUUCGAAACAUUCCGCAGCCACUCAGUGAAGCGGACCCUAGACGAAGCCAAAGAAAUCGCUCUAUUCGAGUGUCGUCGCCUGCUCAAAUCGGACGUGGCAUUCACAGCAACGCCAACAGAAUCGCAAAACUGAUGGACCAUCCUUCGGGAAUGUAUUAAUACAUAUUUGAAAACUGAUUUGAAAAAACAAUCGUGCACGUCUAUCCAUUCUACACCACAUCAGUUGGGCGGUUAU